UUGACGAACGCAAGUGUCCAGAAAACCAGCAAGCAACCAAGCAAGACGAAAACGGUUGAGAAUUUUCUUUUCGCUCAAUUUGGAUUGAAUUUUCCGGAUCCUUUUUUAGUUCUGGUUGAGAUUGAUACAGUAGCUCACCUGUGGGUUUUUGGAAGACCACAAUCUCUCAAUUGAGGUCGAUGAUAAUGUGAAAAUUCUAUACUUCGAAGGACAAGAAAAAUUAUAAACAAAAAUAGUGAAGUGACAGAUUCAAAAGUGCGUAUACUCGGAAUUUGUUAAGAUCAACUUUUACUCUUAAGUGGACAAAAUGAAGCUACCGGUGUUGAUACUAGUGUUGGGCUACGCGUGGGUCAGUAAUGCGGCCCCCUUCAACAGCUAUGACGAGUUCGCGGUUCCCGAAUCUAAAGUGCUCGAUUUUGAUAAUCUAACGGAAAGUGAACGUGCCGAUUUGAUGCGUAAUCAAAUCAACAUAACGGCCAUCAAAUUGCAACAGCAGAAGCUUCGAGAGGCCGCAGCCCAACGGAAUCUGCAAAGGGUUGGGGCUCCGAUGGCCAUCAAGCAAAGCCUCGCAGAGCCCAACAUUUCCAGCCACGUGCAAAAUCGAAGAGUCAUCGAGAAGCACAUCAUCGGCAAUAUUAAGUUCAACAUCGAGUCCAACCUGAUGAGGAACGAUACCCUGGGGCCAGUGGGGGCCACCCACGAGAUGGCCUUUUCCGCGGUGUGCGACCUGCCGAAACACACCAACCAGAGCUUCUGGGAGGACGAUUACACCUGGAAUCUGUUCUUUCGUCUUCCCCACAGUAAGCCUUACAAUUCGGUUAGCUCGGCUAUUUUGAGACUCUACAUGAACGGUGCCAGCAACACCACCGAGGGUUGGAAGCGUCGCGAGUCCGACAACUGCAAGGACCCGUCGGAGCAGAUGAUCCGCGUCACCGCAUCCGUCUACUGGCGCAAGAAGGGUAAAGACAACUCAUCUACCGAGAGAAAGAAGCGAAUCUGCAGCAGCAUUACUACGACCCGCAACUUCCGCGGUUGGAUCACCCUGGAUACGCUGCUGGCCGUCAAGCUGUGGGAUAAACCGAACCGCAAUUUUGGCAUCGCGAUUGAUGUUCAUGACCAAGAUGAGAACCCAUUGGCAGCGGCCCGGUUCUUCCAACCGGCCGAUUGCUCCGAGGCAAGUAGAGCAAAUGCAACAGCAACCGUACUUCCCUGGAACUUUUUCCGAAACUCACUCUCAUGGACCAGUGAUGAAAUGGACGAUGUGUCACACGUCCCCCGCCUAGACAUCAUGAUGCACAAAACAAUCCCGCAGCAGCAUCAGCACCACAACCGCCGCAACUUCCACGCUUAUCACCCGCACCACCAUCAUCGCGUCUAUCGGCAGAAACAUAACCACUACCUCGAGGGGGCAUCGGGAACAGGAUCAGGAUCAUCUCUUCGCAUCCACCUUGACAACUCCCCGUCAUCGGUGAUUUCCUCCGCUUCUUCCUCCAUGGGCAAUUCAUUCGAAUCCGAAUCGGAACUGGAACUGAUGCAUCAACAACAACAGCAACAACCUUCGGUGCACCAAUCGCUGUCAAAACCGCACAAAAAACGACACCUGAACGCCCACAAUCACCAUCAACAGCAGCAGCAGCAUCAGCUACACAAUAGAAGGCCCACAGUCGAACUACAAAGUAAUUCCUUCGAAAGUGAAGAAGAUUUCUCGGCUCCGGUGGCCUUGACGUAUUCAUCGUCCUCGUCGUUAUCAAGCUCGAUGGAAGAACGGAAACUCUGAUUCGGUGUCGAUCUGAGUCAGUUUCGAUCCCGAUGAGUUGUUGCAAUUCUUUCCUACUUCACGUAUUAGUAGCAUUUCGGGGAACCGAUAGUUAUGGUAGGAGUUAAUUUGUUUCUACCGUCCCUUACUUUACCUCCUAUAGUUACGCCCAAGGUGUCCAUACGAUUAGUUUCACAAUAAGCUAGAAUGGCUUAAUUGCUUCCGUAUGGGCGGAAUAUGAGUGAAUUUAACGCCCCAGCCAGAGUGUGGCCAAGUGGCGUACGCCAAUAAUGGACCGAUUCGGUUCGAUCAGCAAUAAUGAAAGUGAAACUUUCUGCGCAAAUCACGUGCCGCCGUAACGAAUUACGAUUUGAACGCGCUUUGCAUUCGAUUUGUCGACAAGCAAUUUCCGGCUUCGAUCGGUUGUUUGAAUUAUUGUUUGUUAAUUUUACUUUUUCAAUUUUAAUAUUUUCAAGCUUACAAGUUUGGAAACAUAAUUCAAAAUGCAACAUAUAAAAAAUGUCAUGGUAAUUUCGAGACAAAAUUAAGUUCUAGUUCUUAUUUCCUAAUUUAGAAGCGUACUGUUGAUUUUAAGAUUUUUGCAGUUAUUUUUUUCUCGUUUUAAUGAAUUUCCUAUUACACAUGUAUUACAUCCCAGUGAAAUCCUGAACAUUAUCAGAAGCAAAAUGUUGAAUGUCAAAUCUAAGUUGCAAAGUUUAUUUUUUCAAAUAUUUUAUGAGUAUCACGUAUGAAUUAAGGAGUUCCUGAGCUCGAAUGACACGUACUUAAAGUUAUAUGAAUAAUGAUAAUUAUUAUAAUUAAAGUUAAAGUAAAUAUAGAAUCCUAAUGAAACGACAAAAAUCGUUAAAAAAAUGAACACAUAAAAUUAAUAAAAUCUAAAUAUCAAUCAAACAGUAAAUGUUAAAAUUUAAAAAAAAAUAUCUUCGCCCAUUUACUGAAAUUAAAAAAAAACCUAUCUGCUGUUCGAGAAAAAAAAACAAUUGUCGAACACAAUGAUGAAAACAAACACGCUUCGAUUUCUUAGCUUAGCUCAGUAUCCUUAGCUCAGUAAGAUUUUCGCAAUAGAAACUAGAACCUUAAGUGCCGCACUAUUUAUUUCCUUUCACAACAACAACAAAAAAAGCAAAAAAAAAACAAGAUAACCUAAUAAUUCUUCAGUUGCACUGGAGAGUCGCGCAAGUAUAUAAGCUUUAACAAUUUGCUAGUAUUUAGUGAUGACCCGUUUGAUUUGUAUAUAAUGCAAAAAUCCUAUGCACUCGCUUUACAAAAAUGUCAAAAGAUUGAAAAAAAAACGAACCGUAUAACUGUUGUGAUACGAAACAAAAAAAGCACACACACACACACGCACACAAAUCCAGGAUAUGUUCCUCAUGAGCUGUAAAUUUUAUUUAUUCUCUUUAACUCGUACGAAUAACAUACAUAAAUAAGAAAACUGUCAACCGUCUGGUGAAUCCUAGAUCAAGAUGAUUGAACAGGACAUGUAUAUAGAACUAAAAACUAAGUAUUGAUAAGUGGUAUUUCCAGAUCUUUGCAAUCCUUGAGUAGCUUACUAGUAAAGUAAGUUGACACAGUAUCUAGUAGGAAGUAGUUGGUAACUAUGUAUGUGUACUAGCGCGUAAGCAUAACAGUAAUAAACCUUUAAACUAUCUAAGAAAA